AUGGCGGACAAGAGUGUCCAAAUCGUCGUCACAGCCUCGGUAUUCCUCCUUCUGGCAUGGCUGGCCGUCAGUCUCCGCGUGUAUUGCCGCACAGCGUUGGUACGGUCAGUCGGUAGCGACGACAAGAUUAUGGUCUUCCUUCUGGUUAUAUUCACCGGAUAUCUAAUGUUGCAGAUUUACGGAGGAACUCAUGGGAUCGGUCGCCGUGAUUCUGAGAUCACUGCUGGGGAGAAGAGAACCAUGCUUCUGCUAUGGUGGAUCCUCGAGCUCCUCAACGUUGUCUCAACAUGUCUCCUCAAGAUCUCCGUUGGCUAUUUCCUCCUCCGAGUUGCACUCGAUCGGCCGCACAUCUGGAUAAUUCGAGCUCUCAUAGUAGGCACAGUUGUCUUCGGAACGACAUACCUCUUCAUGGUAGCUUUCCAGUGCAGACCAGUGCCAACGUACUGGGAAGAAGGGCCCAGAACACCCGGAAAAUGCUGGCCCUCGCGGGUUAUCUACAUCAUGACGAUUGCGGCGACGGUCAUCAAUACGAGCGCUGACUUCAUUUUCGGUGCUUUGCCAUGGUUCAUCGUCAGAUCCAUGAAUCUUCCGAUCGGGACCAAGAUCGUGAUAGUGUGCAUCUUGGGGCUAGCUGCUGUAGGAAGCACUGCGACUAUUGUUAGAGCGUUCUAUAUCCCGACGUUACUGGACGGCGAGGAUUUUCUUUACGAAACCUCCAACUUUGCAAUAUGGAGCACAGUAGAGCCGGGGAUCGGCAUCAUAGCAGCCUCGAUAGCAACGUUGCGACCUCUGUAUCAAAUGGUGCUUACCAAGAUGGGUCGCUCGUCGGUUUACCGUCAACGAAGAGACAGGUUGGAAAGACAACAGGCUCGCAGGAACGAGACGAGUCGGAUGGUGCGACAGGCACACAACCUCGACCCAGAGGAUGGGCUGGCCGAUUCGGAUAUCACCUCGCCACACGGGAUUCUUGAGAUCAAUCCUCCCUCUCACCAGAUCAGCAAACAGACAGAGUCGACAGUCAAGAAGAGCUCGUCUGGGAUUGGAUCUCCGCAACUGAGAAUGAGCUUGAAAGUCGCUCUUGGCGAAUGGAACGAACCAUCGGAGCAUGACCAUUGA